CAUGCUUUUUUUUUUCAACAGUUUUACAAUUUUCAUAUCAUUCUUUUUGUGUUUUUUUUUUAACAGCUAUAUGAGUUUAAGACCCUAUUUAUAAUCAAGUUGGGCAAUCCACAUUGGGCUGUAUCCAUCAAUUUGGGAGUGGAGAAAAUCUAAUGGCGGAGGAAGAACUGAGUAGCAACACAUUAGAGUUUACCCCAACAUGGGUUGUUGCUGUUGUCUGCUUUGUCAUUGUUCUCAUCUCUUUAUGUGCUGAGCGUUCACUUCAUAAACUGGGAAAGUUCUUGCUUCGUGAGAAACAAGAUGCACUCUUUGAAGCCCUGCAGAAAUUAAAAGAAGAACUGAUGCUUCUCGGCUUCAUUUCGCUUCUCUUAACUGUCUUUCAAAAUCUAAUAAGCAAAAUAUGCAUCCCAUCUCAUGUUGCCGAUGACAUGCUUCCUUGCAAGAGGCAUACCUCUGAAAACAAUCAUCAUGGACGUCGGCUUUUGUCUGAAGGCGGUUCAGGGCAUUGUAAAACGGGAAAGGUUCAAAUGUUAUCGUUGGAAGCAUUACAUCACCUACACAUCUUCAUCUUUGUAUUAGCUGUAGUUCAUGUGGUGUUUUGUGUUACAACAAUGGUUUUGGGAGGAGCCAAGAUACGUCACUGGAAGCAGUGGGAGGACUCCAUCAGGAAAGAAACUAGGGCAUCUCAAAAUCUUCGAAAAGAUGUUGAGAAAAUGCAUUCUCAGCAUCACCGUGAGUUCCUACAACAUGCAACUGCAAAAUGGAGAAGAGUAGCUAUAGUGAGCUGGACUUUAUCAUUUUUCAAACAAUUUUAUGGCUCAGUGUCAAAAUCUGACUACAUUGCACUACGCCAAGGAUUCAUCAAGGAGCACUGUCCUAGAUAUCCUACCUUCGAUUUCCACAAGUACAUGUUGAGGACUCUUGAAAUUGAUUUCAGGAAAAUUGUUGGCAUUAGCUGGUACCUAUGGCUUUUUGUUGUGAUCUUUCUGCUACUGAAUAUGAAUGGAUGGCACUCAUACUUUUGGUUAUCAUUUUUGCCAUUGAUUCUUCUGCUUCUUGUCGGCGCCAAGUUAGAGCACAUAAUCACCCGCUUAGCUCAGGAAGUUGUGGAGAAGAAGGAAGAGGAUCAGGAAUCCCAGCAAAAAACAGGAAGAGAGAAAACAAGUGAGAAUGAAACUUUAAGAGUCAAGCCUUCAGAUGAACACUUCUGGUUUCGCAAACCCGGCAUUGUUCUGAUCUUAAUCCAUUUCAUUCUGUUUCAAAACUCAUUUGAGAUGGCUUUCUUAUUCUGGAUUUGGUGUACUUAUGGUUUUGACUCCUGCAUUAUGGAAAAAGUGGGCUAUAUCAUCCCUCGACUUUUCAUUGGUGUCAUUGUUCAAGUGCUCUGCAGUUACAGCACCUUGCCAUUGUACACAAUUGUUACUCAGAUGGGUAGCAUGUUUAAGGAAGGCAUGUUCCGUCAGCAAUCAACCAUAAUAGAUUGGUUUAAAGAUGUUCAGAGCAAAACUGAUAACAACGGGGCUGAUUCCAGCAAAAGAGAGAUACAAAAAAUGGAUACAGAAUUAUCCGAGAUCGUUCAAAUUACAGAACCAGAACCGGCCGGAAUGGUUCAAAUUGCAGAACAGUCAUCAGUUGUUGAUGAAGGAGGAACCUCAACAUAUAUGACUGAUCUCAGUCAUAAAACCAAACCGCCUUUUUCGUCAUCCUAAUUUUUUUCUUAAAGAUUAUGGCAUUUUAUUCAUUUCAAGUGAGGAAUUGGUGGCAAUUUAGUGAAUGUAAGACCAGCUGCUUCAAUCUGGUAGUUUUCACACAUUCUCGAGUUUUUAUAUAAGAAUAAAAACACAUUAUACUA